CUGAUUUUACCCUGAAAAGCAAGACCUUGUGCGUGCGUGCUCUUCUUCAUCCCCAUGAGAACUCAAAUAGACAGUCUCUGCCUCUUCGCUCUAGCUUCUAAAUGCCAACCCUUCUCUCCACAAAACCUCCUCUGGUAUGCCCUCAUCCUCCUCCUCGGCUGGGCAGCCAUGACCCUCCUCUACUGGGCCCAACCCGGCGGCCCAGCUUGGGGCAAGUACAGCAACCGGCGCUGCUCCUCCUCCGCCGCAAAGCUCAUCCCGGGCCCUAAAGGAUUCCCCCUCCUCGGCAGCAUCAACCUCAUGCUCCACCUGCCGCACCACCGCAUCGCUGCCGCCGCUCACAGCUUCGGAGCCAAGCGACUCAUGGCCUUCAGCCUGGGAGAGACCCGCGCGCUCGUCACCUGCAAUCCUGACGUCGCCCGAGAAAUCCUCACGGGCACAGCUUUCUGCAACCGUCCGCCGAAGGACUCGGCACACAGCUUGAUGUUCACCAGAGCCAUCGGCUUCGCUCCCUCUGGAGUUUACUGGCGCACCCUUCGGAGAAUCUCGGCCGCUCAUCUCUUCAGCCCUAAACAGAUAAGGGCGACGGAGCCCCGGCGGUCGGAAAUCGCCGCAGAAAUGGCGGCACUGUUUGAAGGGCGCACCGGAGGGUACCCUGUUCGAGAAGUACUGAAGCGAGCCUCCCUGAACCACAUGGUGUAUUCCGUGUUCGGACGGAGGUACGGGGUGGAUUCGUUUGAGGAGGAAGCAGAGGAACUGAGGAGGCUGGUGGGGGAAGGGUACGAGGUGCUGGGGAUGCUCAACUGGGCCGACCACUUGCCUUGGUUGGCGGAUUUGGAUCUCCAGAAGAUCCGGUUCAGAUGUUCCAAACUCGUCCCCAGAGUGAACCGCUUUGUGAGCCGAAUUAUCGACGAACACCGGGGCCAGAACCGCGAAAUAAACCGGGAUUUCGUAGACGUGUUGCUGUCUCUCCAGGGAGAUGAUCAAGUGUCCGACCGUGAUAUGGUUGCUGUUCUUUGGGAAAUGAUAUUUAGAGGAACAGAUACCGUGGCAGUGUUGAUGGAGUGGAUUCUAGCCAGGUUGGUGCUUCACCCUGAGGUACAGGCGAGUGUCCACGAUGAGCUAGAUCGGGUCGUCGGAACUUCACGCGCCGUCAUCGAGUCCGACAUGGCGGCGAUGCCGUACCUUCGGGCCGUGGUGAAGGAGGUUCUGAGGCUACACCCGCCGGGCCCACUUCUUUCCUGGGCCCGCCUCGCAACUACGGAUACCGUUGUUGAUGGCCAUCACGUUCCUGCGGGGACCACGGCCAUGGUAAACAUGUGGGCCAUAGCGCGCGACCCGGAAGUGUGGGCUGACCCGCUCGCAUUUAAGCCCGAUAGGUUCGUGACGAGGGAGGGUGAGGUUGAGUUCUCGGUUCUGGGGUCUGACUUAAGAUUGGCACCGUUCGGGUCGGGCAGACGGACGUGCCCCGGUAAGACCCUGGGCCUCUCCACGGUCACCUUUUGGGUGGCGUCCCUCUUGCACGAAUAUGAAUUUGAGCCGUCGGAUCAAAACGGAGUCGACCUAUCCGAGGUUCUAAAAUUGUCCUGUGAGAUGGCCCAUCCGCUCACUGUUAAAGUGAGCCGCAGGCGUGGAUACACCUCUCCUCUCAACAAUGCAUGAGUCUUCUUUAAAUUUACAUCUUCGGACUUACGGAUGGCUUGUGUUCGGGAAAUUAUAUAGCGCCUCCUCUCCAUGUGUCUGCAUGUCUAUUUUCUUAAUAUGUUUAUUAAAAAUAAAUUUCUCUUUUAUCUAAAUAAAUAUAUGACUAAUUUAUCGUAUAUUUAAUAUUAAGAAAAUAGAUACACGAACAUGUGGAGAGAGAGAUCUCCUGUAUAAUUUCUCCUAGUGUUCGGAUGAUUUACCAUCCCAGGAUUGUUAUUUUAUUUAAUUUCUUUUGGGGUGUAAUUUUCUAGUGUAAAUAUGGACUUACAUAAUCGUUGAUUUCAACUA